AUGGCUACAGACUUCAAAUCACUACUACCGGUUAUCGGUAUCCAGCACAAAUAUCACUCUCAUAAUCAAAACAUCAGUCCUUUGCUGGUCAAAUGUGAUGAUUUCGACAUGAUGGAGGAUGCCGGUGUGGCGGAGGUUGUCAGAAAACUAGACCGGGCUUGUCGGGACGUCGGAUUCUUGUCAAGAGUACAAAGAGUUGAUGGAAGAGUGAGAAAUUCGACUGGCGAUUGGAUAUCAGCUAUUACAAACCCUGGAUCAUUUAUAUGCAACAUCGGUGACAUGUUAAAGAUACUUUCCAACGGAGUAUACGAAGCCACGCUUCAUAGAGUGAUCAAUAACUCUCCUCGAGACCGUGUAUGCAUUGCAUUCUUCUACGAGACUAACUUUGAUGCAAUGGUUGAGCCAUUGGAUAUCUUCAAAGAGAAGUACCCAGAAAAUAACAAAUCACAAGUUGUCAAAAGAGUUGUCUAUGGAGAGCAUCUGGUUAACAAAGUUCAGACUACCUUUGCAAAUUUAGUGGAACACAAUUAA